UAUUUUGAGCUUAUUUUUAGCCUGAAAUUUGAAAUUUUUUCUAAUUGACAGCACAGCACAACGUUGCACCUCAAAAUAGCAAUGGCAGCGAAAACUUCCUCUGAAACUGAAAAAGAGUGUUCCUCCUCACAGUCACUGAAAAUUUCAAAGGAUUUAAACUUUCGACGUGUUUCUGAGACCUUAGAUCUGUUCAGAGCGAUGGGGACCAAUAUUAUCGCACCGGAAAAUAGCAACACGCAUGGCUUCUUCGACGGCUUCCUUCGGAGUUUCAUAAAGCUCGAUCACAUCCAACGCGGUCGAAUCGCCUGCACCCUUCUCGUCAAAGGCCCCAUCUGUAAUGGUUUUGGAACACUUCAUGGAGGGGCUAUUGGGUCCUUUGUUGUGAUUUUGUCUACUGCUUGUGCUAGAACCGUAACUGCUGAGAACAAGGAACUUUUUCUCGGGGAAAUUAGCAUGUCUUACCUCUCUGGAACUCUAAUAAAUGAAGAAGUGCUAGUUAAUGCCUCCGUGGUGAAAAGUGGAAGAAAAUUGACUGUAGUUGCACUUGAGUUUAAACUGAAGAAAACUGGGAAUUUACUUUAUACUACUCAUGCUACCUUCUAUAACAUGCCAGUUGCCAGUUUAUGAAUGUUUAGAUCUUUGGUGGAAGUUGAUCUUCAGUUCUAUUUAUUAUUGUAUUAAUGUUUGUCAAAGCAAAAUCUUUUAUUUUUAAUUCAUUAUUAUCCACUGUUAAUUCAAUCUUUCCUGUUUUCUA